CUAGCCUACCCUACCGGUGGCAUUCUCGUAAUUAGCCCAAUAAAAGAAACCACGAGACUCUUUUUAGAGAGAGAAAAACAGAGACAUAGAGAGAGAAAUCAAGCUUCUUUUGAACGUUAAUAAAACAAAGAUCCAAAUAACGCCCACUCCUCCCCCUCCUUCUCAAACCCAUCCAAACAAAACCCUAAAAAAAAAGUUCAAAGCUCGAAGAAGUCCAUCAAUGGCGCCCAGAUCCACCAUCAUCUCCUCCUCAUAGCCUAUUCCAUCUCUCCUCUUCCUCCCUUCCCCGGCGCAGGUGCUGGCGCCACCGUCGCCGCCAUGCUCGGCCGUGUCUUCUCCAGCAAGCGACGGGAUGGAUCCGUCCCAGUAUACCUCAACGUCUACGACCUCACCCCCAUCAAUGGCUAUGCCUACUGGCUCGGCCUCGGCGUCUACCACUCCGGCGUUCAAGUGCACGGCGUGGAGUACGCUUAUGGUGCGCACGAGAACCCGACGACGGGGAUCUUCGAAGGUGAGCCACGGCAGUGCCCGGGAUUCGCUUUCCGGAAAUCGAUCCUCAUCGGCCGCACCGAUCUAGGGCCACGGCAAGUGCGGGAGCUGAUGGAAUCCCUCGCCGAGACCUACACCGGCUCGUCCUACAACCUCAUCUCCAAAAACUGCAACCACUUCUGCGACGAGGUCUGCCUUCGUCUCACCUCCAGCUCCAUCCCUCGAUGGGUCAAUCGUCUCGCUCGAUUAGGUUUUCCUCUUCUUUAUCUCUCUAAACCACUCUCAAACUCUUCGAUCCCAAUCUCAUCAUCGAUGUCCAUCUCCGAUCUUCGAUCUUCUCCUAGGUUUUCUCUGCAAUUGCGUGCUGCCGGCGGGGAUCAGCAUGGAAGCCGUUCGCCGGAAAGGAUCGGAGAACACGGCGAACAAAGACGGCGAGAAGCGCAAGCUGAGGAGCAACUCAAGCAGGUGCAUCCCUUCUACUGCUCCUCCUCCUCCUCCUACUCCUACUCCCACUCCUUCUUCUACAACUACUACUACGACGACGACUUCUAAUCGUGUCACGAGAGUUCCUUCUUCGAGAAGAAGGAAGUCUUCGUCUCAGGCGCCGCCGCUCGCCGGAGCGUCGCCGGCAGGGAAGGGCUAGGCCACUAGCCCUAGACCUAGACCUCGGCCUCGGCGGCGGGGAAUUUUUGGGGAGGAUCCGAGGAAAGAAUACAAAACCUUUUUACUUUUUUUUUAAAAAAAAAUUAGAUUUUUUUUAAUUAUUUAUCUUUGUAACUGCCGACAUUUAAUUUUUGGCAGCUGUCACUGCCAUUCUCGCUGAGUUUCUCUGUAAAUGCUGGCAUUUUGUACGGAAAAUUCGUAUUUUGUUUUUCUUUUUUCUUUUUUUUUUUAAAAUUUAAAAAAAUUGGGUGGGAAAGGGGGACUAGUGGGGUUGGGGUGUGUCGCACGUGCGGAAGAAGCGUGUUGCUUUCGGCGCGGGGGUGUGGGCUCCACUGUGUAAGCGAGCGGGAUCACCGCGCCUUGUCCUCUGGGUGGUGUUGUGGUGGUGGUGGUGGGAUUUUACAAAUACAACCUUAACUUUUUUGG